AUGGAGCGCGAGCUGGAGGAGCUGGUGGCGCGGCCCGCGCGCCCGGCAGAGCCGCCCUUCCAGGCGCUGGUGGAGGCGGCGGGCGGCCGCGGGCAGGUGCUGCUGGUGGGCGAGCUGUGGGAGCGCGAGCAGAGCCGCGCGCUGCUGCGGGACUUCGCCCGGGCAGUGUUCCCGCCCGAGCAAGCGGCGGGCAAGCCGGGCAGCGCGGGGGCUGGGACACCAGGGGCCGGGGCACCGGGGGCGCAGUGGGCGCCCGGGACGGCGGGGGCGCGCGCCAUCCGCUCGCCGCUCGUCUUCGUGCUGUGCCGCGCGUCCUCGCUGACCGCCCGGGAGCCGCGGCGCCGCCUGCGGGAGAUGCUGCGGGACGUGCGCGGCCGCCGGCGGGCCGGGGCGGCGCUGGUCGGGGUGCUGGUGGCCGAGGCCGGGCCCGAGGACACGGUGGCGCCAGGGUUGCGGCUCCUGGAAGCGCUGCUGCGCACAGUGUUCGGCCGCCAGGCGGGGGGCCCAGUGCAGGCGGCCGCCUAUUGCCCUGGCCACCCAGCCUCCAGCGUGGCCGUCCAGGCGGCCGCCUGCAGGGCGCUACAAGCAGCCGGGUCCUCGCGACCAGUCUCAGGACCCUGGGAGAGACCAGGCCUCCCAGCACUGCUGGCGUGCUUUUCCUGGGGUCCCUGGAGCCGGGGGAAGGAUCCAGAUGCCACCUCCCCCAGUGACCCAGCUCAGGAUCACCUCCAGGACACUGAGGAGGAGCUGGCCCUGACAGCCAUAUGUCCCAACGGAGACUGUGAGGACCACAGGAAGGGGUCGAGAGCCUGUGAUGGACUUGUCCCUGCUCCUGCUGACCCCGCUGUAGACUCCAGAUGAGGGCUGGAUCACCGGGCCCCCCGUGCUCUUAACCUACACACUGGGGACUGGCUCCUUCUCACUGAGCCCCCUUGCUUCCAUGUUGAACUUGGAAUGGUGGUAACUACAAAGGCCCCACCUGUCGGUGGGGGGCUGCUGCAUUGAACCAGCUACCUGCCCACCCCCACCUCACAUUUGCUCACUCCCCGAUCACAGUAGGUUAUCUGGCCUUUCCGUACCUCAGUUUUUCUAUGCCAUUGGGACAGGUGGCUGUCUACCUUUAGGCUCUGUGGUGCUGUGGCAGCCCAUGGUGUGUUUGCAUGAAAAUCCAUCAUUUCAAGUGCAACUGGAAAGAACUCUGGAACGGAAGUCAUCAGAUCGGGAACGGGGGUGGCCUUGGACAUGUCACUGAACCUUUGGAGCUUCUGUUUCUCAAACACAUGAUGAGGCUCUGAGCCCAGGGGCUCUCAACCAAGAACCAGGCUGCCAUUCCAGGCAGCACUGGAAAGGUGUGUGUUUGAGUGUGAGAGUGAGUGUGUGUGUGUGUGUGUGUUGUGCAGGGGUUACUGUGACUAUGUGGUACCCCUGGCACUUAGUGGGUUUCUCACAACCUAUGGUACAAUCUCUAACAGUAAAGAUUUGUUCCACCAAAAUUGCCCAUCAUGGCUCCUUUGAGAAACUGAGUGAGCCAAUCCCUUCUCCCUGGGAAAUUCUAAGAGUACCCCGCCCCCAGAAGAGAGGGUUGGGCUUCCUGAGACCUUGGCUCCCAGAGCAAAGCCAAUAUAAAGAUUGCACUGCUGCCCUGGGGGCCUGUUGGGUCAGAGCAAAGACAGCCACCUGCUUUGCAUGCCCUCUUUCUUCCUCCUGUUGAUGUUGACUUUCUGUGCCAAAUCCUUUGAGAAUAAGGAUGCUGGGAACUGCCCAUGACACCAAACAAGAAAGAUAGGAGUGUGCAUUACAAGGACAUGGGACUUUCUCUCCAUUUCAGGCCCUUGUCCAAGGUCAAAGCAGAUCCAGCCCAGAGGUGCCAAGUUCCUGAAUCCUUUUUUCUCUGUUUACGAGACAGACGGGGUUGAUGAUGAUGUUCCCUUCAAAGCCAGGAAAGCCAUCUGUUCACUCGUAGAAGGAACUCUGCAUUACCUCCCUUGCCUUCCUCGCCUGCCCCUGGAGAAAUGCAGUCUUUGGAAUGGCAAAGAGCAGCUCCUGGUUUGCCUUGGUAGGAAGCACUGUCUAAGGGAAGCAGCUAAAUUCAUUCAUUUGGGCAUGAUUUGCUCUGCAGACAUGCAGCGGGCCUAUCUGCCCAGGAUUCUACAAGGUUCUGCAUACCUUCCAGUAGUUACUUUGGCUUUCAUGUCUGGUACCAAAAUGUGGAAUUGGAAACCUGUGGCUGAGGGGCUGUGUGAUAUCAAGGUGGGGCUCCUGGCUCUAGGCCUCAAUUUAUUCUUCAUAUUAAGCAGCCUAAUUCUAUCCCUUCUUUGCCUCAUGGGGAUAGCAUGAGGGCAGGCAGGGUGACCUCUUAUUUGGGGUUGGUUAGCAGCAGGUGUCAUUUUAAUAAUGCAAAGCUGUCUCACCAAUACGUAGACCCAGCUGACCUUCUACACAAGAAUGAACUCAAUGGAUUACUGUAGAUUUUGUUUUGAAAUGGGGAGACUGGUAUUUCCAAAGCUGCUCUAUUUUUCUAUAUGGGAUCGAGUUUUUUAUCUGGUUGGGGGAGAGCCUUUAUUAAGGUGGGAAAUUACCUAAGGCAGAAGUUACAAAGCACAGCCUCUGCUGUGUUUAAAAACCUGUUGUAUUUGUUGCCAAUAUUGGAAACUUGAGAAAUUGCACAUAAAAAAUGUAGCUUGCUGGGUAGAGGACAGGGCAUGCCAUCACAUCCAGUUCACUGCAAUCUCCCUCCCCUGGGUAGAGCCCCCCUCCCUCUCUACUUCACUCGUACGUGCCACCUGCCUGGUCCUGAUGAACAUUCAAGUUCGCAUACCUGUGGGGUAAAGAGUGGUCUACGUAUAAGUUUUUCAUUACUUUCAGUAUCUCUGGUGACUAGCUAAAGACAGAAGGUCUUUCCUGAGGUUCGUGUUGUGCUUCCCAACCGGGAAACACGGGACUGGACUGAGAGUCUUCAGGGCCCACGUUGGGUUUCUCAACAUGUGGCUACACAUGAUCUUUUUAGAAAUAAUCUAGUUGGUAUUUUUCUAGCAGACACAAGAGUUAGGUGCUAGAAGGGAUGACCUUGGUGGUAGGUCUCUCUUCCCUGAGGACUUUUACAAGGCCCGAAGAUUGCGGUGGGCCUGUCUUGGAGUAGAGGCCCCGAAUGGGGUCAGUGGUACUGGGAGCCAUUGGCGGGGAUCUCCAGCCAAGUCACACUUUGGGCUGAUGGGUAUUAAUCCUUCUAAUAUGGGAGUAGUUGUGCUGCUUCUGACUUGAAUCAAUUAUUAAUUCUUUCUAUCUAAUAAAACCGAACAGUACCUCACGGCUGUCUAAUCAAAA